CACACACUCCAUCAUCGUGAUUGCUUUUGUGUGUGCUGCAGACUCAGCCCCUACAUCUGUCUCCUCCUCUGUCUGUCCCUCCAGAACAGUGCUCUGCCCCUGAUCCCCACCAGCCUUUCUCUCCCUCCUUCCCUCCAUCUCUUCUAGAUUGGAUGGGCCCCCAUGAGCCCCUAAAGGGACAGGUGGAAAAGGCUUUUUCCUGGUGUUUAAAGAAGGGCAGUAUUUGAAGGGGUGGAGACACACUGAAAGGUUGUCUGGACCACAGGACUGAAUGUUUGACGACUGGUUUCAGGUGCUGUUUCUUUCUUUUUCUCCUGCUUGCCAAUUAACCUUUAACCAAAGCUAUUCUUCUUUUGUUAGAAAAUAAUAUACAGAUUUCCCAAUACAUCUCCUUUCUCUGUUUUUCCUUCUCCUACUUCCCAUUCCCCUCAUGCUUUCUUCACUGCCCUACCUUCUAUCCCCCUCUGCUCUCUUUGUUCCUGUGGAAUGGCAAUUCCUGCUCCUCUUGUACUGUUUUCUGGCUUCUGUGACAGGUGUCCUAGGGGCCUAAUCAUUUUCAAGACUCCCCAGUGGGGGCCAUGAUCACCAACAAAGAUAAGAGCAAAGUUCGCCCACCUAAGGACAGCAUGACUCUCUUGCCUUGCUUCUACUUUGUGGAGCUUCCUAUUGUGGCCUCCUCCAUAGUAUCGCUGUAUUUUCUGGAGCUGACAGAUAUAUUCCGCCCAGCACAGGGUGGGUUUCAGUGCCAUGAUCGUGCACUAUCUAUGCCAUAUGUGGAGAGCAAUGAAGAGCUAAUUCCCCUUCUUAUGCUCCUUAGCCUUGCAUUUGCCGCCCCAGCAGCAUCCAUCAUGGUUGGAGAAGGUGUUUUGUACUGUAUUCAGUCUAAACUGAAAGGUCGGAGUAGUUCUGAGGGGAGUAUCAAUGCUGGGGGAUGUAAUUUUAACUCAUUUCUACGCAGAACCGUUCGCUUUGUGGGAGUUCAUGUCUUUGGACUAUGUGCCACUGCCUUGGUCACCGAUGUCAUCCAGUUGGCCACUGGAUACCAUGCCCCCUUUUUUCUGACUGUCUGUAAACCCAACUAUACCCGGCUAGGCACCUCAUGUGCCUCCAACCCUUACAUCACUCAGGAUAUCUGCACAGGAAAUGACCAGCAUGCUAUUCUGUCUGCAAGAAAGACGUUUCCUUCGCAGCAUGCCACCCUUUCUGCUUUUGCAGCUGUCUACAUUUCAAUGUAUUUUAACUCCAUCAUCUCUGACAGUACAAAACUUUUGAAGCCGUUGCUGGUCUUUUCAUUUUCAUUUGCGGCUGGAGUGUGUGGUCUGACGCAGAUCACACAAUACCGCAGCCACCCUGUGGAUGUAUAUUCAGGAUUUCUCAUUGGAGCAGGCAUUGCAGCUUAUUUGGCUUAUCACGCGGUAGGAAAUUUCCAUUCUUCCACUGAAGAAACCUCCAUCAGUCCUCCUACUAAAGAUCCUUUGCAAGCCUUAACACAACGUGGUCAUGAAUCUGUCUACCACCAAAAUAAGUCAUUGAGCACUGAUGAGCUGACACCACGCCCAAGAAGCCAGGAAUCCCAGCGUCAGGUUCCACGUGAAAAAAACUCUCUGGGUAGCCUAAAACGAGCCAGUGUGGAUGUAGAUUUAUUAGCUCCCAGAAGCCCAAUGGGUAAAGAGAACAUGGUGACCUUCAGUAACACCCUUCCACGGGUCAGCACCCCAUCAAUGGAAGACCCUGCCCGUCGUCACAUGACUAUUCAUGUUCCCACAGAAGGCUCACGCACACGAAGCACAGGCCCUGAAUGGAAGCCAAAGCCAAUAGAAGGACGGACUCUGACCCUGGGUGAAGAGGUGGCCUUAGCACAGGCUCAUAGGCGAGCUCUAUCUGAGACUUCAGGCAUCAUCCUUGAUGAUCCAGAACCUGACCGGGUACCCCCUUCACUUUACCCUACAGUGCAAGCCAGGACAGGAGGUCCUCGAGUUGUUAUACAGCCACGUCCAGCAGCACCACCCCUUCUUCACAUACCUGAGGAAAACCAGGGGGGUUCCCCAAAAGGCAGUUCUGCCAUACGAGCAAAAUGGAUGAUGAUGGCAGAGAAAGGAGGAGCACCACGGGCAUCUGCUAAUGCCCCAAGACUUAUGCAGGUCAUUGCUUUGUCCAAACAGCAACAGCAACAACAGGCAAACGUGUUAGGUGCUAGUACCCCUAAGCAUUCAGAAACCUCUUCCUCUUCCACAACAAGUAGCUCUGAUUCCUCCCAGUACCGUUCACCAUCGGAUCGUGACAGCUCCAGUAUUGUCACUAUUGAUGCCCAUGCACCACAUCACCCUGUAGUUCACCUUUCUUCAAAUAAUGGACCUUGGGAGUGGAAGUCUGGGCAAAAAACAGGUGAGAUCCAGGAAGGAGUUGGGUAUGAUAUAAGCAAAGAUUACCGUGGCUUCAGGACCCCCAAAGGUGCUGGCGUGUCCCCUGGUUCCUCAAUUAGUGACCUAGAGCCAGAUCCAGAACCACGCUAUGGUCCUACAGUUAAUGUGGCAGGAGGAGUACCUACUCCCAUUGUAGCAGAAGUGGUUAGCGUCUCAUCCAGCCGGGAGGCCAGCCUCAGAAGGAAACCUCAGUCAAUUGAUCGAGAUGGUAGUGAUGAAGGAGAGGAGCCAUUCUACAAAAAGCUUCAAAACCAGAGGUUUAAGGAGUGAGCUACAUGGAAAGUAUAAAUGUAAAUAUUUGGCAUGUUUUGAAGGACAAGAAAACACAGACAUCUGCAGCAAAAGUAGAGCACUGGUAUCAUACAUUUAUAUCAGUGUAGCAUCAAAAUUAAUGGAACUGAUUCAGCACUAUGAAUUGACAUACACGGCAAGAGUUAUCUCAGAUAACUUAAUGUAACUUUCAUGUAUGUUGAGAAUGCAGAUUUUUCUUUCUUGUUGGAACCUUAAAAAUGGAUCCGCCAAAGUCUUGCGUUUGUUUUCCCAGAAAGAGACUCUAUAAAUAACUUGAAUUUUACAAUCAGUAGUGUUUGCAAUCAUCAAACUAUGGCAAACAGAUGUAGUAACACAUUUGAGCUUCUCUGUGUAAAUCCAGAUGGCUAAAAGGAAGAGGAACAUGUGCUGCACAAGAAUACAUGACUGUAAAUAGUUUUGGGGAAAGCAAAGAAUGCAUGAAGCCCUGGGGAUGUGGUUAGAGGAAUUGAAACAAGUGCUAUGAUAUUAAAAAAAAAAAAAAAAUAAUAAACAUACAUGGGAUUAAAAAAGGCCCCUUCCUAUAUAACGGAAUGCAGAGACGGUAAAUGGGACACAAUAACUUUUCUUGUUCUACAAGAGGUAGCUGACUUCAUUUACAGUGUGCCUUAGCCCAUUACUUAAAUUAGGGCCUUGAUUCUAGGACUCUGCAUGUGGUACAGGCCUGACCCUAUCAGGUGAGCUUUAUAACUCAAGUGGUUUGCAGUUGUGUCCAAGCUCCCAGACUCCAAAAUCCAACAUGAUUUAACUAAGUGGCAAUCUGUUCAUGUUUUGCAAAUAUAAAGUGACCAAAACUCGCUUUUUAGAGAGUAAAAACAGCUAAUCACUGCAUCUAUCAUUAACUUGGAGGUCUGGUAAGUUUACAGAAUUGGACACAUUCCCUGUAUUUGUGCAAGAUGAAACCUAUAUUGUUGGCGAGAAGAGUACUGCUAAAUCUGGUGCUGUUUAAUGAAAUAUCUUUCAGGGACUCAUAAUGUUGUAUAUUAUAACCAAGUUGCACUGGGAGCACUUAAUACAAUGUUUUGUACAACUAGAACAGUGAUCCAGCAGCACAUCUUGACCAGCCCUGCGAACAUUCAAGAGGUUCCACACUUGCUAUAUUUUGUAAAUUGUUGAAUUUUAAAUAAACUGUAUUAAGACUA